GUUUGAAAAUGAAUACAUGACAUAUCGUUGUUACUAUACAUAACGUCACAGUCAAAGAAAAAGAACUACUCACGUGACGUGGAUCAUUAUGACCUCACAAUUGAACUACGUUAGCAACCGUUCUCCCCUGUCAUCUAAUUAAGAAGCCAUGGUUGACGUAGACACGCAGCAAGGUCUCACAUCCAUGUUCGAUACGUUUGUGGAUCUGGCAGCAGGCAGGAAGGUACCCGACGAUGAUAAAUAUGUCGCGAACGAAAAGGCGGUCUCGAUGCUGUUGAAAGACGCCCUGGGAGAACGGUACAAGAAGAUCAGCGAGACCAGUGUGUACCCCGUGCACAAGAUCAGAACAAGGGGCGAUCUGAACUUUAACUUAAUAGAGCGAGACAAGUUCUGCAGUCUGGACUACUUCUGCGACCUGGCGGCGUGUCGUAUUGAGCUGGAUGAACACUGCAAGAGGCCGCCCCGGGACGAUGAACGAGUCCAGCUGGAGGCGAAAGCGCUCAUGAAGAAAGUGGCAGAAGAGUCCAAGAAAGACCACUCAGUGAAGAAAGCAGGGGCUUCAGGGACAGCCGCCAGUGUAACGAGCCGUCUGACAGACACCAGUAAAUACACCGGCUCCCACAAGGAACGCUUCGACAGCACAGGACACGGCAAGGGACUCGAAGGAAUGGAGUACAGGAACGCCUACACGGGGUACGCUCAGCAGGGUAUGAGUCAGCCUUCCUACAAAUACUAGUCAUCUCCUCUAUUCAGCAGCUUAAGAGUCAAGGAACCAUCAAGUAAAUCCAUUCGUUCAGCAUCUUAAGGGUCAAGAAACCUUCAAGUAAAGUCCUUUACUUAGCAGCUUAAGAGUCAAGACCCUUCAUGUAAACCUCUUUGUGUAGCAGCUUAAGAGUCAAGGAACUUUCAAGUAAACCCAUUUGUUCAGCAGCUUAAGAAUCAAGGAACCUUCAAAUAAACCCAUUUGUUCAGCAGGUUAAGAGUCAAGGAACCUUCAUGUAAACCCAUUUGUUCAGCAGCUUAAGAGUCAAGGAAUCUUCAUGUAAGCCCAUUUGUUCAGCAGCUUAAGAGUCAAGGAACCUUCAUGUAAACCCAUUUGUUCAGCAGCUUAAGAGUCAAGGAAUCUUCAUGUAACCAUUUGUCCUUCAGUAAUCUGUGUUCUUUCUUUACAGUUAUCUUAUUUAUUUUGUCUGUAUAUACUUGUGUUGUUUAGUUGACGUAAAAUAAUAUAUCAAUCUAAUUAGGCAGUUUAUUACACUAAUUUAUGACGUUUACAGAAAGAGUUCACUGUUACUUAAUUUAUCAUUUUAGUUGAGUUCUAUUAUUAUGUCAAUCUGUCCAUUGGCGGGUUUUUUCUGCGGCGCGGGCGCGUAGCUGGCGCACAACGCGGGAAACGGACGCGUCAAAAAUCAUUUCUGUGGUUAUGAUUAGAAGUGAUUUCAUAUCCGCCUGUUUUAUGUGUGUGUGUGCCCACGCCACGUCAAAAAACCGUACACAUGGAAAACGAACUUUACUUGUAUGUUAUGAUUUGUAUUGAAGAGCGUUACCAUGGUUGCAGUGAUGAUGUUAACUACCCAGUAGAAAACUCCACAAUCCUACAGUAGGAAUAACAUUGAUGGUAUAUUUUAAUUAUUGAUUAUUCCCAAGUGCCGCAUUAGUGGUGACAUGCAUAAAAAAUACGGUAUAUCCAAAAUUGUUCUGUUCACAGGUGUUAGUGGUAUUGCCUUAUUCGAAAUAACAAUGUUAUUACUAUUUGUUAUAUUUUUAUUUCAUAUUUGUUUUAUAUGUUGUAUUAACUAAAGUUAUAUUGUAUGUUUUAAA